UUUGUGUGGUUUAGGUUUCAAGGUUACUGUGGCCUCAUAGAAUGAGUUUGGCAAUGUACCUACACAUGCAUGUCAACUAAACAACUCUCUACCCAAUGACAGAUUGGUCAGGGAAGAAAAAAAAAGAAAUUAGACACUUCUUGAAAUUCAAUGAAAAUGAAGGCAAAAUUCACACAACUUAUGGGACACAAUGAAAGCAGUGCUAAGAGGAAAGUUCAUAGUACUAAGUACCUUCAGAAAGAAGUUUGAGACAUCUCAUAUAAGCAACUUAAAGGCUUACCUGAAAGCCCUAGAAAAAGAAGAAGCUGGAAUACCCAGUAGGAGCAGACAGCUGGAAAUAAUCAAACUCAUGGCUGAAAUCAAUCAAUUAGAAACAAAUAAAACAAUUCAAAGAAUCAAUGAAACCAAGAGCUGGUUCUUUGAGAAAAUCAACAAGAUAGACAAACCCUUAGCUAAACUAACAAAAAGGCAGAAAGAAAAUAUCCAAAUCAGCAAAAUCAUAAACAAAAAGGAAGAUAUAAUGACAGACACUAAGGAAAUUCAAAGAGUAAUUAAGUCUUACUUCAAAAGCUUUUACACAACAAAACUUGAGAAUCUAAAUGAAACAUAAUUUUCUUGAUAGAUUCCAUUUACGAAAGCUAAACUAAGAUCAGGUAAAUAAAUUAAACAGUCCUAUAUCCCUCCAAGCAAAUAGAAGCCGUCAUCAAAUGUCUUCCUGUCAAAAAAAAUGCCAGAGUCUGAUGGUUUCAGUGCAUAAUUCUACCAGAUGCUCAAAGAAGAGCUGCCACCAAUUCAAACAAUUCCACAAAAUAAAAACAGAAUAUUUGUUACUUUUAAACUUAAUAGAUUUGUCUAGAAACUUCACACAAAAUGAAUCGGAACAAGAGAUAUUGUAUAUAUCAUAAUUUAAAAGUGGUAAGUAAGAAUGCAAUUGUAUUUAGCAGGAUGAGAUCAUGAAAACCACAAAAUUGAGGAGCACUGUGACAGUCUACAAAGACUAAAGUAGGACUGUAGAGACUAACAAUAAAAAUAUUUUAAGUAAAAUUCUAUUAUGAAGAAAUCUUAAAUCAAAACACCAGGCACCAAAAUUAACCAGACCAGAAUUCUGUACAUUUCAGAGAAAUUGUAUACAUUUAAUAUGUGCAUUCUGAGUCACAUUAACAAAUAUAAAUAUCAUGUAUCUUUCAUGUUUAUUAUCUAUAAUAUGUAUCAGGAAGCUACAAGAUUGUAUACUACAGAACUUAAUGUCAAGACUCCAUUGCUGAAGAUACCAGAAAACUUGAGUUAAUGAACAUGGAGAAAUCAAGCUAUUAAUCACCUGGAUGCUUUAUCUUUGCUGGCUAUAUUUCAUAGUGCUGGAAGGUGCUAUAUAUCCUACCAAAGGAAAUAAAGGUAUGAGUUUAAGAACUACCAGUUUGUUCUGGCCCUGGUACUUGCCAUUGAGGAAAUGAACAGAAACCGUAUUCUUCUUCCCAACACAACUCUGGGCUUCGCUCUGUAUAAUGCUGCACCUUUGGAAACGAGUAUCCUUUAUGCUCCCUUUAUUUGGCUCACACGUUGAGGGUACCUCUAGCUAAUUUCAACAGUGGACUGAAGAGAAUGUCAUCUGCUGCACUCACAGGAACAUCAUGGAAAAUAUCUUCCCACCUUGGGAAACUGUUUCAAAUUUACAAAAUACCACAGGUUUAAUGCGACAUAUUGAGCAGCAGUUAGUGACAUGGAAAGUCUGGAUCUUGAACUCUCAAUGGGAUGUUGAUCACAAUUAUGGUAGAGUCAUUUCAUGGGAGUCUCAUUUUUUCACACCACCAUGAAGAGAUGGUUGACUUUACAAAUUUUAUUUAAACAGUUAAUCCCUACAAAUAUCCAGAAGACACUUAUCUUCCUAAGUUUUGGUUUCUGUUCUUCAAGUGCUCAUUUUCUGAGUUCGAUUGUCAACUUUUAGAAAACUGCCAACCCAAUGCUACUUUGGAGUUACUGCCAAGACACUAUUUUGACCCAGUUAUGAAUGCAGAGAGCUUCAAUAUAUACAGUGCUAUGCAUGCUGUGGCCUACAGUCUCCAUGAGAUGAAUCUUCAGCAAAUACAGACAUAACCACAUGUUAAUGGAGAUGGAAAGGAAUUCUUCCCCUGGCAGUUCCUUUAUUUCCUAAAGAAUGACCUACUGAAAAAUCUCUUGAGAGGUCACAAAAUACUGGAUGGGAGAAAAUGCCUAGAUUCAGAGUAUGACAUUCUCAAUUUUUGGAAUUUUCCAAAGGGUCUUGGAUUAAAGGUUAAAGUAUGCACCAUUUUCAUAUGCACCAUUUUCUUCAGAUGCUCCUCUUGGUCAACAGUUGUCUAUGUGAGCAGAUGAUUCAAUGGCCUACAAAGUUUAUAAAGUUGAAUUUUCGUGGCCAGAAUGGUGAAGCAGAACAGCAAGAUGUGCCCUGAAGUCAUGCAGGACUUACUGGAGAUCACGGACUUCCUGGAGCAUGAGAUCCAGGAGUGGUACAAAGGCUUCUUGAGAGACUGCCCCAGUGGACACUUAUCAAUGGAAGAGUUUAAGAAAAUAUAUGGGAACUUUUUCCCUUAUGGGGAUGCUUCCAAAUUUGCAGAGCAUGUCUUUCGUACCUUUGAUGCAAAUGGAGACGGGACAAUAGACUUUAGAGAGUUCAUCAUAGCCCUGAGUGUGAUGAGGGGCAAGCUGGAACAGAAGCUGAAGUGGGCCUUCAGCAUGUACGACCUGGACGGUAACGGCUACAUCAGCAAGGCAGAAAUGCUGGAGAUCGUGCAGGGAGGGGCCCUGGCUAUCUACAAAAUGGUUUCCUCUGUCAUGAAAAUGCCUGAAGAUGAAUCAACCCCAGAAAAAAGGACAGAGAAGAUCUUCUGCCAGAUGGACACCAAUAGAGAUGGAAAACUCUCCCUGGAAGAAUUCAUCCAAGGGGCCAAAAGAGAUCCAUCCAUAGUGCGUCUCCUGCAGUGUGACCCCAGCAGCGCCGGCCAGUUCUGAGCCCCGCACCCUAAGGACGCUACAGCUGCCUGGGUCUCUCCCAGUUGGCUUUUAAACUUAUUUUAUUUGUAUUUUUUUGCCAAACAAUAUUGAUGGUGAAGCUGUCCCCUCUUCAGUCAGACGCGCUCUGCUGUGACACCCUUGCCCCUUGCUUCUUUCGUCGUGGACGUGAAUGCCCAGAGCGCUUGUGGAGAGCAUGAACAGACUUCGUGGUGUUCCCUGUUGGAUGACUUUUUAAUCAUCAUUACUUUUUCCCCUUUGAUUCUAAUGUAUCUGUCUUAAAACCCAAGACUGGUGGGGCCAGAGAAAAGAAUUCCAUUCUGCCCCUGAGAUCCUUCAGCAAGCUUUGAGGGGUUUUGUUUGAAAGACAAAACUCCUAAUCUGGGUGUGUUGUCACGCAUGCCCUCAGGGCUAUGGCAGGCACCCGGAGGCUAGGUUUUCUAACAGCAGGUUACCCCCUGGGGUAAAGCUAUUAAAGCCAGCUGGGACAUUCCCCUCCACCCCAGCAGGCUGUAGUUUCCAAGCUGUGAACAUUACAAGGUAAAUUAACAGAGAUGGGGAAAGAUGACUCAGCGGUUUUCCCACCCCACAGGUUUACAGAGGUGAGCUAAUAUGAGGUCCUUUGAAAAAUCAAACACAGAUGGUAACAUUCUAAAACCAGACCCAUCUUGCUACCUACUUGUGAUUCAUAAAAAGACUGCUGUAUAUAAAAUAUUGGGUAUUGCAGACCAAAUUAAGUGUUUUGCCUUAUAAAUGCAUGUUUAGUGAGCGCUAAUGCAAUCUUACUACAGAAGACUUGUUUUAGCAGUUUAUUGUGAAGCCAACUACAACGAAUGUCAGUGUCUUGUUUUAAAGUCCUGUCUUUGCACAAAUGUACCAGUCAACAAGUGUAUUUUAUAUACUCCAUAAAAUUACAAAAGAAUGAUGACAAGGGCCUGCAAAACCUGCACUCCCGGUGCAGGGUCCGUACCGCUCCCUCCCCCAAAGUGACUCACAGACCGCGGUUCCAUGCAAAAGCAAGAGGCAGUUUAUUCCGAUCGCGAUGGGGGUCGUCCCUUCAAAGCAGGAGACGACCCCGAGCAUACAAAGCACAGAGUUUUUAUUUCAGGCCUUUACAUUGAUUAGUUAGCAGAAAAGAUAGCAGUUAUGUGGUUGGCAGCUGUAGCGGGGAACUCAUAGCUUCAAGGACAGUCCUCCCCUAAAUUGCCUGACUUGCUCUUUCUUUUUAGCUGGCCCUUAUUCAAGAUCCAGUUGUUUUUCUUUCUAAUUUGGGAUGGUCCCAUUUCUCAGGCCCAGCUUUGAUUUCGAAUGGUUUUACAGAGUCAAGGUGGCCAGAGGAAGGCAGUUUCCAAGCGUCUUGUCCACCAGCAGCUCUGAGAAGGGGCCAAGGUCCAGCAGCGCACUGGCAGGUGCAGGUGUGCUGUCUUUCUAAGCAGAAGAAUGUUCCUUAGACUUGGAAAAGCAGAUUGGUCCUAACAGUGUAAACCUAUAUCCUCAGUGGGGGAGCCACGCCUAGAAUCUUCUUUUUCUGCCCCCGGGUAUCUUUCAUGUAGUGAGGUGUGGGCCAGCCAGGCAGUUCACCCACCCACUGUAGGUGCCGGCUAGGGAGCCUGCAGUGUCUGAGGCCACCGUGGGUCCCAACAGCACUCCCUUUCACCGUGUUAUUUGAAUCUAGCAAAGCUGAGUUGUUGCUUGGGCUGGUCACCUCAUAUACACUACUUUGAAAUAAGGGUUGGAAGCAAAAACUUCUGGCUACAGGCAACCAAAGCCUCACACACAGUGGCAUCAACAAGGCCCAGACACUCAAGGAUGUUGGUGGCAGAGCCUGCCUAAGAGGAGUCAGGAAGGUCUCUGCUGCCUGUAGCCACUUCCUGUAGAACAAACCCGCAAAAAGUUAAACACAGCUAUAAGAAAUGAUGCCCAGGCAAUUUUUGCUGGCUGAAGGUCCCCCCACACCCAUGGCGAUACUCUUAACUGGCAGAAGUUCAAACUUUAAUGGUGUCUCCAUAGGUUGAAAUUUUGUGACCUAGAUUUUGUAAUCUUAAUUUUUCCUAGUGUCAUUUCCUUACCUUUUGUAGCAAGGCUUGCAAAUCCUGUGAGCCAAAUGAUAAAGUCUGUUUUUGGAAAGCAAAAUUAACCCAAGUUGGGAUGGAAACCAGAGGUGGCCUCCAGCUCUUCAGAAUUCAAGAGCCAGAUGCACAGGUUAUGAACCCUGUGGUCCCCAGAAGGCCUGGAGAGCUCCAGACCAGCUAGACACACAGACAUAACAGACCUAUCUGUAUGUUUCCUCCUCUUCUCCACCUCUCCCAGGAAGGCAUUGGGUGUCAUUUUAUGCAUGCAUGUUUGACCAACGAACGUCACAGCAUCAGGAGGGCCGAGUGUCUGAAGACAUCUGUCACUCCUGUGGCCAGGCAGUGUUUGUGCUGUGUUCAGGGGCCUCUGGUGGAGGUAGAGCCUGUUUUGUUCCAAGUAAAGGAAGUCUGUGCUGUCCACAGGACUGGAGGACAUUUCAGAGUGCUUGACUGUUCAUACCUCGCUCAGGAUGGAGAAGGGGCGGUGUGGUACUCCCCAGGGGGACUUUCUGGAAAUGGAUUUAAUUAUAUAUAUAUGUCAUAUUAUGUGAAGUGGUCCCAUUCUCAGUUGAUUGUAUAGCUCUUGCCUGGCAUUAAAGCAUGUUUAUUAUUUAAUAUCAU